AUGGCGGUUGAUCGUCGAAUAUCACGGCUCGCCCUGGUCGCCGGCAUCGCCUUGCUCGUCGUGUUCCUCAUUCGCCCUCGUGGACCGCAGGUGCCGUUCCCGUCCGGACAGCAGACGCCACCGCCGACCGACCACCGAGUCCGUUUCCGGCCCAGCACCUUUGACUGGACCUCGGUCCCCCAGACGCACCCCGUAUCGACGGCCCACCAACUGCCCACCGGCCCCCCGACUCGGCUGCACCGCGUCCAGCACGACUUCUCCGGCUACGUGCACGACGCCACGACCAAGAGCCGCCAGGACGCAGUCCGGGCCGCCUUUGUGCGGAGCUGGCGCAGCUACAAAGAGCGUGCGUGGCUGCGGGAUGAGCUAGCCCCGGUGACGGGCGAGGGCAAGACGACCUUCGGGGGGCUGGCGGCCACCCUAGUCGACUCGCUCGACACGCUCUGGAUCAUGGGCCUCGACGACGACUUCCGCGCCGCCGCCGCUGCCGCCGCCCAGCUGGACUGGGCCAACACGACGGCCACGAGCCUCAACUUGUUCGAGACCACCAUCCGGCACCUCGGCGGCCUGCUGGGCGCGUACGACCUGAGCGGCGAGCCCGCGCUGCUGGCCAAAGCCAUAGAGCUGGGGAACAUGCUGUACAUGGCCUUCGACACGCCGAACCGGCUGCCGGGGUUCUGGUUCGACUUUGACAGAGCCAAAAAGGGCCUCCAGGAGGCCGGCUCCAACGACCCCGCCGCCGGCCCCUGCUCCCUCGCCCUCGAGUUCACCCGCCUGGCCCAGCUGACGGGCGAGUCUAAGUUCUACGACGCCGUGAGCCGCGUGGCCGAAUUCCUCGACAGAACCCAGAGCAAAUCCAAACUGCCGGGCAUGUGGCCCAAGCUGAUCAACUUCCGCGACGAGAAGGUCGACGAAGAGCCUGGCUUCACGCUCGGCGCGCUGGCCGACUCCAUGUACGAGUACCUGCCGAAGAUGGCGGCCUUGCUGGGAGGGCGCGAUCCUAAAUUCGAAAAGAUGCACCGCGCCGCUGUGGCGGUCGCCGCCGACGAGCUACUCUUCCGGCCCAUGCUGCCGGCAGACGAGCCCGACCGGGCUGCCGUCUUGUUCGCAGGCGACGCGUACGUGCACGUUGGGGGCCACGCGGACCUGGCGCCCGACGGGCAGCACCUGUCGUGCUUCGCGGGGGGCAUGUUCGCGCUCGGCGGCAAACUGUUCGACGUCCCGGAGCACGUGGCCAUCGGCGAGGCCCUGGCGCGCGGGUGCGCGUGGGCGUACGGCGCGUUCCCGACGGGCGUCAUGCCCGAGCUGUUCAGGCUCGUGCCCUGCGCCGGCUCGUGGCGCGACGGGCCGUGCGCGUGGGACGACGCGCGCUGGGACAAGGACGGCGAUAAGAAGCUGAGCCGUGGCUUCGCCGGGGCUCGCGAUCCCAGGUACUUGCUGCGGCCCGAGGCCAUCGAGAGCGUGUUUCUGCUGUAUCGCAUGACGGGCAAGGCGGACUUGCGCGACGUUGCGUGGCGCAUGUUCGAGGCGGUUGUCAGGGCGACGCACACGCCGCUGGGUUUUUCGGCCAUUGCCGACGUGACGGCGAGCGGCGAGACGACCAAGACGGAUUCCAUGGAGAGCUUCUGGUUCUCCGAGACGCUUAAGUACUUUUACUUGAUUUUCUCGCCUCCCGACACUAUCAGCCUGGAUGAAUACGUCCUCAACACUGAGGCACAUCCACUCCGCCGGCCAACGUAA